AUGACAUCAAUAGACCGAGACGAGGCGUACGAGGAGAAGAAUGUACACGAGGUGUACCAGCAAAUCGCGAAACAUUUUUCAGCGACAAGAUACAAGGUACAGCCAUGGCCGAUUGUGGAACGCUUUCUUCAAGACCAGAAACCCGGCGCUGUCGGGCUUGAUGUAGGAUGCGGCAAUGGCAAGUACCUGCCUGUAAAUAAGAGUGUCUAUAUCCUGGCAUCUGACCGAUCCGAGAACCUCGCGCAAGUCGCCCGCCAGCAUGAACCGCACUCAACCAUUCUGGCCGAUAUCUUGAAUCUACCACACCCAGAUUCGUUUUUUGAUUUUGCCAUUUCAAUUGCUGUUGUGCAUCACCUGUCCACCCCGGAACGAAGGGUCCAAGCAAUUCGUGAAAUUCUGCGCACUCUGAAACCGGCAUCAGGCGAUACCCCAGGAGGUAGGGCUUUGGUCUACGUCUGGGCUCUCGAGCAAAAGAAUAGCCGCAGAGGGUGGGAUAAGGGAGACGACCAAGAUAUCAUGGUCCCCUGGGUUCUGAAGACUCCCAACUCCGAUAAUACAUCUGACACCCAACCGAAAGCCGAGGAAUUGGAGCGGGACGUUGAAAGUGCGGGCGGCCGUGUGCUGGAGUCCGGAUACGACAGAGACAACUGGUGGGCGAUCGCGACUCGAGUAGACCAAAAAAAUUGA